UCCAGACAUAGUCAGUUAUGGUGAAGUAUUUCGAAAAAAUUCUAAAAAAAUGGCGGCUAAAAAUGCGAACGAAAAUGAAACAAAAAUCGAAAAAAAUGAUCUAGCACACGAUGUGUCUAACACAGUUGCCACAGAGUUGAAUGCCCCCAAAAUAAAUUCAGACCCAAUGUCAUGGGUUCAAGAACAAAUUGAGAAUGAUGCCAGUCCUAGAGAUAUUAUUCACCAUCUCGUGCCGAGACUUAAUUUACCGGAUCAAGUGGAUGACUUGUCACUUUGGAGACUUGUCUUUGAAAUAAUAACAGAACCAGCACCUCGCCAAAGACUUUUACAUGUUACAUCUAUUGAGCAUGUUGUAAAGUUAAUAACAAAUUGCAAGAACAUCAUUGUAUUGACAGGUGCAGGAGUAUCUGUUUCAUGUGGAAUUCCUGAUUUCCGUUCACGAGAUGGCAUUUAUGCUCGCCUAAGUAAAGAUUAUCCUGACUUGCCGGAUCCUCGAUCAAUGUUUGAUAUUCACUACUUUCGAAGCAAUCCGUGGCCAUUCUUUAAAUUUGCCAAAGAAAUUUACCCUGGUCAGUUCGUUCCAUCAUUGUGUCACAGAUUCAUUUCCCAUCUGGAUAAAUCUGGAAAGCUGUUACGAAAUUACACUCAAAAUAUCGACACUCUAGAACAGACUGCUGGCAUAAAAAAUGUAGUACAAUGCCAUGGAUCCUUCGCAACUGCAACCUGCACUAAUUGUAAACACAAAGUUAAUUCUGAUGAGAUUAGAAAGGAUAUAUUCGAGGAGAGAAUUCCAUACUGCACCCAAUGUCAGGUAAAAAGCGAAGAAACAUCAAAUAUUCUAAAACCAGAUAUUGUAUUUUUUGGAGAAAGUUUACCACAGACAUUUCAUGAGCGGAUACAAGAGGAUAAAGAAAAAGCUGACUUGUUAAUUGUGAUAGGUUCUUCAUUAAAAGUAAGACCUGUGGCUUUAAUUCCAAGUUUAGUGAAACCAGACGUACCACAGAUUUUGAUCAACCGAGAACCGAUUAGCUUGCAGUUUGAUGUCGAAUUUUACGGUAACUGUGAUGACGUCAUCUGCGAAUUGUGUGAACAAUUGGGAGGCGAAUGGCAAAAUGUGAUUGGUUUGUUUCAACCAAAACCCUUAGAUGAAGAAAAAAUUAAGAACCUGUUUACUGAGGCGGAGACUGCGAAUAAUUUAGAAUUGAACAAUGCAACGGAGGAGGGUACGAACGAGGAUGUAGAAAGUUUCGAGAUGGAUUGUGAAUCAUGCGCUGGCGAUAAAAAUGACGACAAAAUAAGGAGAAGAUGUGGCUGUGGAGACCAGCUGCCUGCCACAAAGAAAAGAAAACCGAAUGAUGUGAUGCAGUCAAAGCAAGACGUAUAUUAUUUGUCUGUACCACCCAACCGGUACAUAUUUUAUGGCGCAGAAUUUGAUUCAGCCGAUGAUUUUGACAGUGAUUAUGAAAACGAUGUGGAGGAGGGCGAUUCGGAUAAGAUCGACGUUGCCGAGCUAAAUGAUGAACUAACAACCACGGUUAAAUCUGAAAUGACUGAUGGCAGUACGGAAGGAGAGACAAAGUUUUUAAACGAAGUUAACCGUAAUAUUAGUAGCUAGUAAUUUAUAUUGUGUAUAAAAUAAAUAUAUUGUAAUUACAUUUUUAUGUUGAAGGGUUGUGAUAGACUUCUUUUCUAUUUUUUUGUCAACUUUGCAACGAACUUAAUUUUUUUAAGCCUGCAAACGAACAACCACUACUAAACAAUAACUAUUUUGACACUAUCGAAGCAUGCAGAAGUGCAAUGUCAGCUUUAAUAUCAAUAUGUUGUUGCAGCUACGGUUGUGCCAUGGUUUUACUUCGUGAUUGUUUUUAUUAGCUUUUUAAUCUCAGUGUUCAGGUUAUACUGCUACCCAAGUUCGCUUCCAGGAAUCAGAACCAUUCAUUAUCUCUUAGUUGUCGCAAAGUGAGCACUACUCCUAGAAAUGAAAUGUGUUAGAAAAGCUCUUCAAAAGUUGCAAGGAAAAAUAAUCUUUUUUGAGCUUCAAUCGUCAGAUUAUGGGAACAUUUUUCAUUCUCAUUAAAUUUUCCUAGAAUUUACUUUUUAACGACCUAAUGCUUCUUAGCUAAAUUUUACGAAAAGUAUAGCGAAUUAGGCUAUUUUUGUUGAAUUUUGGAUAUUGCUAAGUUUAUUUAUAAAAAAAAUUACAGAUUUUACAGAUAAAAUUUUUAGGGCUGAUAUCUUUCUAUUUUUUUAGGGUCGGCCUGAGGACUUAUUUUUUUAAUUAUCACAUACAUUGUAAUUAUUUGAUUUAUUGCACAGCAUGCUCUCAUUUUGAAUUCGAAGGCGUGCAAUUGAAGCGAGUAUACUAUAUCAAUAUAAUAAUGCACCAUGUUUA